AUGGCCGAGAGAACAGAUGCAGCCGGUGGCUAUGCGCCGGUCCUCACGGCGCUGGCAACCAUGCAAAGCAAUGUCGCCAAUAAGGAGAAGUCGGAAGCACAUGAGUUCCUUGAGAAGUUUCAGAAAUCGUCCGAAGCAUGGAACACUACACAUGCCGUUCUACGGGACACUUCCGCACCGGUCGAAGCGAGAUUGUUUGCCGCAACAACGUUGAAGGGAAAGAUCACCUACGACCUUCACCAACUUCCAGAAGACGCUCUCACGCCCCUUCGAGACUCCCUCCUUUCGUUACUCCAGCUUUAUAUCUCUGGUCCAAGACCGAUCCGGACACAGUUAUGCGUGUGUAUUGCACGUCUGGCAAUCCAGUUGACAUCCUGGAAGGACGUUCUAAGCACAGUGGGAUCGGCUGUCGGUACUAGUAGUGAUGGCGGAGAUUGUCUGCUCGACUUCCUGCGAAUCCUGCCAGAAGAGGUAACAGAAGGCCGCAAGAUCAACCUUUCAGAAGAGGAACUUGCCGAUAGGACCAAGGAACUCCUUGAGGAUAACGCUAUUCAGGUUCUGAAUCUCUUGGUUUCUUACGCACAGUCGUCAACACAAGCAGCCCACAACCCUCGACUGUAUUCGUGUAUAGCGUCCUGGCUCCGAGAGAUCCCCAUCAUCGACGUGGUGAACUCGCCACUACUCAACGAGAUUAUCGAGGCGCUCAACGACAAUGACUCCUUCGACGCUGCUGUGGAUUGCUUGUGCACCAUGUUCAGAGAUACCCGAGAUGUCGAUGAAUCACAGAGUGUUAUCCGAGUCCUGUAUCCCCGAAUUGUGAAUCUGAGACCGAUGAUAUUACAAGCCGCCUCGCUGGAGGAUCACGAUCUCAUGAAAGGCAUCACGAGGCUCUUUGCAGAAGCUGGAGAGGCCUGGGUGGUCCUGAUCGCGCGCAUGCCCGCAGAAUUCCGGGAGCUCGUGGAAUGCGUGCUUGAAUGCUGUGUGCGCGAUCGAGAUCGGGAAGCCAUCUCUGUCACCUUUGUGUUCUGGUACGAGCUCAAGCAAUGCAUAACGCUGGAAAAGUAUAUGCCUGCUCGAGCCGCACUGGCUGAUCUGUUCUCGAAGCUGGUUGAUAUCAUGAUCAAGCAUCUGGAAUACCCUACACCAGAGGACGGCGAUGAACAGGAUCUUUUCGAUGGCGAUCGGGAGCAAGAAGAUAAAUUCCGAAGCUUCAGACACAACAUGGGCGACGUGCUCAAAGACUGCUGCGAGGUUAUUGGCGUCACUGAGUGUCUCACCAAGGCCUUUGCGCUGAUACAGAGUUGGGGUCAGAAGUAUGCAUCCCUGGCCUCGGGUACCAACGUACCCCAUUGGCAAGAACUUGAGGCGCCUCUGUUCAGUCUGAGAGCGAUGGGACGCAUGGUUGGUCCAGAAGAGGGCUCGGUGCUGCCUCAAGUCAUCCCUCUUCUUACCACUGUCCCCGACCACGAGAAGUUGAAGUUUCAAGCCAUCAUGGCCCUGGCCCGCUACACAGAAUGGACAGCUCAGCAUCCCGAGACACUCGAGGCACAGCUCAACUACGUCAUCUCCGGUUUCAGUCACAACUCUCCGGAAGUCGUGCAGGCGGCAGCCCUUGCUUUCCGGUUCUUGGGGACUGACUGCUCAAAGCUGCUUGGUGAUCAUAUCCCACAGCUCCACCAGUUCUACGAAAGUGUCAUCGACAAGCUCAAGCCAUCGAGUCAAGAAGAGGUCACCGAAGGAGUCGCGGCAGUCGUGGCUGUGCAACCGGCUGGCAAGGUCUACGAGACUCUCAAAUUGUUCUGUGACCCUGUCAUGAACCGAGUGGUUUCUUUCGCUUCCCAUGCCAAGGACGAGAAUGCGGAAAAGGUGGUUGCUGACUAUCUAGGGUUGUUGACUAUUUUCUUCGACUGCGUUCAACCUUAUAUUUCGCCAUCAGAAGAGAAUCCGGCAGUCAAAUAUUGUCAGGAAAUCCUUCCCGCUCUUUCGGGCAUUGCGAAGCAUUUCACACGGUCGAUACCGAUCCUGGAACGAGUCUGUAAAUGCUAUCGCACCAUGGUCAUCUCCUACAGGACCGCCACUGCCCCCCUCCUCCCCACAUUGGCCACGAGCAUUGCCGAGGGAUUCCAAGCAUCGAGACAGGGAUGUUUCCUCUGGGCCACCGACGCAGUGAUCCGGGAGUUUUCGUACGGAGCAGAGUUCGUCGACCAGGCAACGAGUGAAAAUGUCUUCCAAUUCUUCGCUCAGCAAGCAACCGUCUUCUUCAAGAUUUUGUCAGAACUCCAGCCCGUCGAACUCCCGGAUGUGAUUGAGGAUUUCUUCCGACUCUCUUCAGAUGCCGUUCGAUUCUAUCCCGUCAAGACCAUCACGUCGAACCUGGCACUGCCGAUGGUCCAAGCAUCCUUGACGGCGCUCACGCUGCAGUCCGUGGAGCCGAUCCAAGCGGCGUUGCUGUUUUUGAGGGACUUUUUGGAUUUCGGCUUCGAAAACCCUCCUGUAUCCAAUUUCAGUGGUCCAAAUGGAGAGCCUACAGCCAGCACUCCGCCCGAAGUCCGGGCUGCGGUGAAACAAGUCCUCCAGUCAGUUGGUCAGCAGCUGGUGCACCGAGUCUUGACCGGCAUGAUGUUCAGCUUUCCAGAGGAUUGCUUCCCCGACGCUUCGGCCAUUCUGCUCACUUUGUUCAACCUAGAACCGCAGGCCGCGGCGCAGUGGGUCGGAGGGACUCUCCAACUUCUCCCAGCUGGCACGCUGAAACCGGCCGAGGCCAACAAACUGAUGAAAGGCAUCAGUGACAAACUGCAGCAGAAUGAGCCGCGGAAGGUGAGGAUCUUGCUUCAGGACUUUACCAACUCCUACCGUCGACGAAAUGUGGCGCCACGCGAAGGAUUGGGCAGAUUGGAAGCGACCAGAUUCCGAUUCAGCGGAUGA